AUGAGAUUUUUUACAGUCAUCACCAUUAUGCUUGGUGUCCUGUCCUUAUCCAAAGCUGUUCCGCUGUCACCCGAUCCAGGAAAUGUUAUCAUCAAUGGCGAUUGUGUAAACUGCAAUGUUCGCGGGUUUGCGCACCAGGGUUCCGCCGGGAUAGCCUCUGGCAUCGAUGGUGGUUAUGUCAGAUCCUGAGUCACCAUUUCUAAUGGUAAUCUCGUGAAUUGUUCCUUAAAUAAUAUCAGAUAUUA